AUGGCAAUUAAAAUUUCCGCAGAAUUAUUGAUUAUGAUUUUAAAUUAUGUUCAAUUAACUCAAGAUUUAUAUUCAUCGUUAUUCGUCAGUCGAAUCUGGUGUAAAGUAACUAUACCUAUACUUUGGAAAUUAAUUUUGGUUCAAGAAGGUUAUAUGAAUCAUAAGGAGUUGAGGAAAAAAGCAUUAUGUAUUCGAACUUAUAUAUCAUGUAUGGAUUCUCAAUCUAGAGCUUUACUUAUUCAAUGCGGAUUUGAUUUAUCCUCAUCGCCACCUCAAGCUACUUUUGAUUAUCCAUCAUUCACUCAUAAAUUUAGAAUUGAUAAUUUAGCUUAUUUUAUUUCCAUAUAUUCACAAGAAAUCAUUGGUUCUAAUCACGAUGAUAACGAUAUUAGCAUCACCGCUGAAUCGAGAAUAUUAUUUCGUGAGAUAUGUAAAUUAUUGAUAAAUCGUUGCACAUUUUUGGAUUCUUUUAAAUUAGGAGAAGUUCACGAAAAUUUUUCUGGAAACAAUUGUAAUUAUAACGAUUUAAUUGGUUCAAUUCUCGAGUUGCCUGGUGCCCCGAAAGUAUUUAAGAGAUUAGAAACAUUUGUUUCGGCGACAAUAAAGGAUGAAAUAAUUGGACCAUUAUAUAAAUCAUUAACAUUAAUUUGUGAUAAUAUUUUAAAUAUGGAUUUGGAAUUUAAUUCAGAUUCUCAGUUGCAAUUAUUGGAGAAAUUUAUUAGUGUCCAAAAACGGUUAGAAAAUCUAUCGAUUAUUGACAAUGGUUAUAAAAAUCUAUCAAUUCUUGAUAAUGGAUAUACAAAUUGUAAUUCAUUAUUAUGGGUUAUCAUCAGUCAAAAAGAAACAUUAAAGAGUCUUCGUUUAAAUUCAGUAAGUUUUUAUAAUUUAGAGGGGAAAUCAUCACCAAUUGGACAAUUUACUUCACUUAAAGAACUUUAUAUUGAAAAUUGUUAUGGAUUGUAUAACUCGGAUUAUUUAUUUUUCGCUUCAUCACUUACUCAAUUAAGUAGUUUGCAUUUGAGGUAUCUUUAUUAUAUGUAUCCCCAAGAAUUUAUUAUAAAAAUUUUCGAAACAGCCAAUACAAAUUUAAAAAAUAUUUGUCUAGAAUUAUAUCGCAUAAUUUCAAAUGAUAUAUUUUCAGCAAUUUUAAGUUAUUGUACGAAGAUUACCGAAUUAACUUUACUAGAUUUAAGUCUUGAACAAGUAAUAGCAAUAUUUAAUAAUAAUUUUAAUGAAUUAAGGAGAUUUUCAUUUGAUUAUAAUGGAUUAGAUGCUAAUGAAUUAUUAUGUCAGAUGGCCGAAAGUGUACCAAAAUCACUUGAAACUAUCGAAAUUAGAAUGGGAAUAUUUAAUGCUGAUAGUUUAAGAAAAUUUUUUGAAGGAUGGUGUUGUAAAGGAGGAGGAGGAAAUAAAAAGAUUAUUGUAAAACGUACAAGAGUUUCGCGAAAAAAAUUAUUUGCAUUAAGCGAUGAACAUUUUAAAGUUAUUGAAGAAUAUGGGAUUCAAUUUGAUAUAAAAUAA